AUGUAUAUUUUGAAGUUUGGAUCAAGAUUUUCGUCUUAGAAAUCAUACGAUUAUUUAUAUGGCAUAAACCCAGUUAUGUCUGCAUUAUAUGCUAACAAAAGAUCAUUUACUUAACUUUAUGUAAAUUAAACAUAAUAAAGUAUUAUACUAUCAUAUAAUUAGAGAUGAUUAUAUCAACCCAAGAAUCUCAAAUAUUCUUAAUAGAGCUUAAUCUUUAAAACUAGAUGUUUAAAUGAUUCCCAAAGUAUUUAAUACAAACUAAUAUGUUUAGAAUAAAUUAGAAAGAUAUUGCAGCAAUGACCACCAUUAAAAUGUUAUUUUGAAAUGUUCAAAAUUAAAUUACUGUAAUCAAUUACCUGAUGAAUCUAAUUUUGUUCUAUUGGAUUCAGUUUAAGAUCCUUAAAAUUUUGGAGCAAUCUUAAGAGUUUGUUUUUUUUUAGGAAUUAAUACUGUUAUUGUCGAGAAAAAAGGUUAAUGCCCAUUAUCUCCAACAGUAAGCAAAACAAGUGCAGGUGCUCUUGAAUUAAUGAAUAUUUUUGAAACUGAUAAUUUGGCUAAUUUUGUGAAACAAAGAAAACAUGAAUUUUAAGUAAUAGGAAGUGGAUUUGAAAGCAAUAGUGUAUAUAUAUAGAAUAAUUUGUAAGAUUCCAAUUGAUGAGUUUUAGAAGGAUUAAAAAAAACCAAAAAAAAUCAUCAUUUUUGGAUCUGAAAGUUCUGGGAUAAGAACAGAAUUAUUCAAAUAAUGUGAUACCAUAGUAAAUAUAAUGACUAGUCGACAUACUUUUCCAGAAACAUUAGUUGAUUCAUUAAAUGUUAGUGUAUCAGCUGGAAUCAUUUUAUAAUAAGUGUUGAAUAGUAAAUGA